AUGGAGGAUGAAGCGGAAGCGACGCCGGCACAGGGUGCGAUCGAGGUCGUCGCUGCUACCAACGGCGAGGCACAUGCUGAAGCAGCGGACAAGGCAAACGCCCCGUUGGAGGCCACCACGCAAGACGCAGACACCGCAAACGCGGCCUUGGCGUCGCGUCCCCGACGGACCCUGCGAAGCACAGGACGCGUCGCGGAAGAAAAGAUUGUCAAGAGGGCUGUGAGGAUCAUCACCAAGCGCACGCAGCGCAAGUGGGACGCAGAACGGCUCCUCACAGAUCCCAAGUCGCCACUAGCCAAGGCUAACCUACGAACAAUACUUUCCAAUCCUAUGGCGUGGAGUAGCCUUGACGCCGCCGACCACGCCGAGAUUCUCGCCCUCUUUCCAGACCCGCGCCAUAUUCUGGCCGCUAGCGAGGACGGCGACACGCCGCGGCGGCCCGACAUGGCGUCUCUACGCAACGACGACAGCUUCCGGUACGACUGCGCCGCGUACACGGAGAGCUUGGCGCAGGGGCGGCACGACCCGGACUGGCUGGCGCAGGCGUGGGCGGCGCACGAGAGGCGCCGCGCAGGCGACUUUGACGAUUUUUUGCGCGCCAAGUUUGAGAGCGACUGGGACGUGACGCUGCCGCCGGAAGGGGGGGAGAGUGUGGACGGAAUGCAGCGGGAAGGGGGCAAGGAGGAUGCGGAAGUGGUGGUUGGUGAUACUGAAACGGGCGCAAACGGCUUGAAGGAGGAGGAACAUGUAACAGCGUGA